AUGGGCCUCACUGGUUGUCCUACAGCGGCUGAAGCUAAGCAGUACAUUGAGAUGGCUGAUGGAAAUUUGGAUCGGGCUGCCUCCUUGUAUUUCGAUGUUGGAGUAGGAGGAGCUGCUGUGCCCGAGGAAAAUGUCCGAGCGGCUAUCCCGGCAUUCCGUGACACCCUUCUGGCGUCACCAGCAGGAUCGCAGCCGGGGAGUGCACCGGGUUCCGAGAGAAGAAACAUAAGUUACGUUAGAAUGGGGUCUACGAGUGGUAGAGGAGGGAGCUCCAAUGAUGGUGAUACGCACAUGAGUGAGGAUCAGGAGGAGGACGAGGAGUUUUACUUUGAAGAGGAAGAAGACGAGGAGGAGGUUGAUGAUGAGCAGAAAUCAUCUGCGGUCAAUGACGGCGAAAAGGGUAAGAGUAGUUGA